AUGGGUGCGUCAGAGUCGAAAUUGGUCUUCAAGCAGGGCAUCUUCAGACUCUCCGAGGAAAGGAACAUUGCCGCCAAUGACCCGUACUGGACAAAUUUCUGGGAGUUGCCUGAAUCCGUUGAGGAUGUCUUCAGUCUCUUUUCGCAUACCGAUAUACGCAGAACCCGAGACUCGGCGCUCGAGAACCUUGAAACCCUUAUUCUGGCCGUCACGUCGCGCCUAAUCGUAUUGAGGAACCACCCCUCGUUUCCAGAUCCGGAUCUUGCCCCGGAAAAGGAUGCCCUCAACUGUAUACGAGUCCUGACCCGGCUCCUCCCAUACGUAUAUGAGGCGGAUGAUUUGACAGAAUGGGAGGAGAAGUUCUUCUGGGGAUUGAGGCGGCGCCGAACGAGAAGAUCUCAAGUCUCAGGCGAGGUGCUAUUCGAUGACAAUCAGAUCGAGGAGACCACUCCUACAGACAAUCGUGAGCAAGAGUUCGAGGAUGUGAAACCACUUGCAGAAGAACUCAUAGACACUUUGACCGAUCUCCUCUUCUAUGCCGGUUUCACAAUACCCGAACUGCCACAGGCGAAGAGCAAGGUUACGUAUGCGAUCUGGCAGAGCGGCGUGGGUUGCAAAUCCUCAAUCCCCACGAACAAAGAACUCGAAAGCAAUCGAUGCGAGGUCCUCAGGCUUCUUCUUACCCUGUCCAGCAAGGCGAUGUACACACAUUCCAAUAUUCUUCCAGUUCAAGGUGUCAGGGCUAUCACGUACCUAGCCACCUGUCCAGACAAGCAGAUUGUUCUCUCCAUGCUGUGUUCUUUGAUCAAUACCACGAUCAAAUCCAAUCUUGGUUCAUGGCGUCUCCCGUACGACCAUGUGGUUCGCCGAGAUUCUAAGCAGACUCUUGUCGUCUACAGCUUACAAAUCCUCCUCGUCCUUCUUCUGUACCCGGUCCCCGAAAGCGGAAACGGUACGGCGCCGAAGAACUUCUACCGUCAUUAUCUUGGUCGACUACACAGACCAGAAGAUUUCCAAUUCCUUGCCGAUGGCAUGACCCGAGUCUUAAGCCAGCCAAUGCAAGCUACUACCUCAUACCUCCCUGGAAGCCAGAAGUCGGUCAAAUGGGCCCCUGAAAUGAUAAUGCUCUUCUGGGAAGUACUCCAGUGCAACAAAAGAUUCCGGGCUUUCAUUAUAGAGUCCAACCGCGCGCACGAUUUCGUCAUCCUUAUGCUAUUCUAUGCCAUCGAAUACAAGACCGACGUGUCGAAACAAGGUAUUGUGAGAAUGUGCGUCUUCGUCCUCCAAACUAUGAGCGUCGAAUCCACCUUUGGAAACAACCUCAACAAAAAGUUUGAAGCACAGGACACCUUGCCUCCAUCCAUUCGUUUGACAAACUUCAAAGGCACCUAUGCGGAUUUCUUAAUCACAUCAAUCCACACUUUGAUCACAGGGAGCAAGGGCAAGCUCGAAGCCAUCUAUCCUGCUUUGCUGGCCAUCAUUAAUAAUAUGGCAGCCUAUGUGCAGCACCUGUCUUUGGCCUCAAGCACUCGACUGGUCCAGCUCCUCGUAUCGAUGUCCACCCCAAGCUUCCUUCUUGCGAAUGAGAGUAAUCACGUCCUUCUUCGAGCGCUGCUGGAGUCUAUCACCAGCAUGAUAGAGCACCAGUAUGCCUCCAAUGCCAACUUGAUAUAUGCUGUCUGGCGAUCGAGGAAACGUAUCGAGGGCCUAAGACAAUUCACGCUGGAGGGCGGUCAAGCAGAAAUUGAACGAGCUGCUCAACGUCGUAAGGAGAGUGCUCUGAACGAUACCGCAAACAGUAUUUCCAGAUCAUCAACCACGGAAAACUUGACUUCGCCAGCAGCCCACAGUGGAAUGUCCCCGAACCCGGAAAGUGUAGUGGAUGGAACAUUCGCCAUCGGAGAUUCAGAUGACUCGGACAACGAAGAGCCACCAACUCCUUCUCAGUCGACACACUCCGUGCAAGCCUCUCGGACCCCGUCGAUAGCCUCGUCAUCCGUUCCCGAAGACCACGUUCCCGUUCAACUAUCGGGGAUGUCAGAAAAGGCCAGGGGCAAGAUGCCCGCAAAUGCUCCGACAUUCUCUCGACAAAAUAGCACGAUAAGUCUUUCAGCUCCAUCGACAUAUGCCGCAGGCCGUGGCUCAUUUACGGCCACCGCAGAAUGGCUAGGGAGCUGGCUCCCCGAUCUGCCCCUUCAUACUCUGCUUACUGUGAUCAAAGUCCUCUCCACGCAUCCUCUAGCAUCACCACGAGUUAGCAAUGCCGGCGCCACUCAUGGUGAUAACACCAACCCUCCCUCGGUUGCUUCCUCGCGCCGCUCGUCACUCACUGGAGGCGAAGAGUCCGCCACGAUAAACUCCCCUACUGCAAGCCCAACAGACUUCCGCGCUCAAAUUCCCUCCACAGCCUCACACCCUGCCAUAGCCGCAAUUCUGGCUUCUCCAAGUCCAAUACGGGUCCACCUUUUUGAAUGGUCACCGCUCUCCCUUGGUUGGUACAUGUCCGUACUUUGGUCCUUGAUAUUCACCGCGGAAAUGACCAUCGCACCUGCCUCCAGCACUGCUGCAACAUUGACAGGGAGCGGAGUCAUGGCCGGGCCGGUGGGUGUUUGGAACGGGACGAAUGUCAAGCUGUUUCAGGUUGCAACCGAAGGGAGAAGAGAAGGUCCAAGCUUAAGCCAACCGAGAGGAGCAGUUGAUGCUGUGGGUAGCAGGAUUGUGCAGGGCGUUCAGGGCUUGAAUCUUGGCGGUCUGGUAUCCAGAGUCGGAAGUGGAGUGAGAAGUGUCAGUUCUAGCAAUGUUACGGAGGAUGCUGUCCAGGGAAGAGGCACCACGAGAGAAGUCUGA